AUGCCAGCUACACAGCUUAAAUCUAGAUCACAUAGUCUUAAACAUGUGCGAUUACAUCACAAGAGUAAUGCAACAGAACGAGAGUCACUUGGGAUGAGUACGAAGUUUCAUGGCCUAAAAGCAAUAGCAAAGGAACGCAAUAUUACUUGUUCGAGACCCCGAUCUAGGGCCCAUUCGUACCAAGGGUUCCAAGACCCCAACCUGCCGCCAAUAUUAUUGGCUCAGAGUGAAAACAAGUUGGGCAAAACUACAAAAAUUGACACCCUCCUUUCAGAGAAUAUUCCAAUUAGGAGUCAAUCACUUGCAACCUCGAGUCUCCUUAGUCAAAUUAACCACAGACCAGUUAAAAGAUCCUCCUCGAAUUCGACCGACUGCAAACAUAUUGCUGUACAGCCAGGUAAAGAAGUAGUCUGUGAUGCUUACGUGGAGGAGCCAAUUAGAGCACAAAGGUUCUCCAUCCACUCUAGUCAAUCUCGUCCGUGCCCCAGCCUUCCAGCGAGUCAGUAUAUCUCUUAUAUUCCCAGGAGAACUAUGCCACAACGUCAAUCGACUUUUGAGGUGUAUUCUUCAUCUCCUUUGGGGCAAGAAAGACCAGCUCUCGGCAAAGAAAGAAGGUUGGGAUCACUCAUUGCAAACACUAAGGCUGAUAAGAAGGAAGAAAGGCUAUUUACCUCGGGAGAAUCAGAUCUUUCUCGCAUCCCACAUCUUAGUCUGUGUGACAUGGAUCAGCUUGUUCAACAGAUAACCGACAGUACUUUGAGCUACGACAGAGGAGAAAAAAUGAAAGAUGAGUUGGAUAAACAGCUAUUGGAUGAUAUGAUACAUGAAUACUCAGUACCAAAUCCUUCAGAGUUGCCGAGGUUUUCCAUAAGGCUCAAAAAGAAUAAGCGAGAUUCAAGCUCGAAGUCCAAAAGCCUAUGUUUUGAUAAUGAGCCUGCAACACGGCAAGCUGAAGAAAUUCAACAACAGAAAUCUGAAUGUCAACCUCAACUAUCCAAUCGCUGGAAUAAAAUGCGCAGGUCUCGAUCGGUGCAUAUCAGUGAAUAUCAACAUCAACUGCCACAGGAUGCGUCUCCUGAAAAACUUCCUGCCUCUUUGCAAUCGAGCCAACUGAGUCUAAACCAAAUCACUUUGAAGCAGCAAAUGCAAGUUGCUAAACAGAUGGAGGAAAAAGAGCAACAACCUUCAGCGUCACCACAGGAAAUGUCACAAAGUCACUUAUUACAGUCUCAGAAAUCCGAGCAAAAGUACCCGAUAAGGCGAGAAUGCUGGGUGCCUAAUACAUCCUCCCUACUAAGACUAGGCCCAUACAUGGAAAGAUUACCAGGAAUUAGCCCUAUCCAGGAGCCUGUUUCUCGAGCCAUCAGACAAUAUUGGGAUGACUUCGGCCCACAUGUCUUGAUUGAUAAUCAAGAUGACAAGAAUCAGCCCUCUUCAGUCUAUCAGAACAGGUCACCACGUUCGUGGCAGCAUGCUAGAGUAGAUCUACGGUCUCCAUCCUGUCGGCUUUCUGAGACAGGCUACUCAGUUUGCUUACCUUUCUACCAACAGGCCCUUGCAUGUAAAGAGGUUCUUUACAUUCCUGACACCUGCUACCUAGCUAACCAGUCAGAGAUGCCAAAUAACUUGGAUGCUAAAGAAGAGGCAAAACAUGUUUUGUUAGCCACACCCAACUGCAACUCGAACCAACAACGCCAUACGUAUUUAGUGUCUUGUCCUACUAAACCCCACCAGGAGACCAGUAAGCACAGUCGUCCUAUGUCUAGACUGCAUUUGAAAGAAGCCCUACCGAGCGUCGAAUCAGGCUAUAUAACACCUCAUCAUUAUCAUUGCCUUCCUGUGUAUCCAGACCAGUCAGAUUUGUAG